AUGGAUGCUAAUAUGGACUCUAAUAAAAAUGUAGAAAAGCAAGUGCCUUCACUAAGGGGGAAAGUGCACAUUCCCAUAUUCGCCCUCUUCAUCCUUAUCAUUUUUGAGUUGUUUAAGUACAAGUGUGACUUGUCCUACAAGUUGGCAUGUUACGUCUACUUGCUGUGUACCCUCUUCAUCCUAAUCACCGUUACUGUGUUACACAACAACCACUGGAACAAGCACAACAGGUCGUUGCUGAGAAGACUGGACUAUGCAGCUAUAUUCCUGAUGAUUGGAGGCUCCGGGUUCCCAUGCGCAGUACACUACCUCUUCAAUAGCAAAAUGGUCAUAAUGGUACUCACACAUUGGUCAAUAAUAUUGUUUGGCGCAUUUGGGUCAAUUUUGUUUAAUUUCACGUGCACCCCUAAGUGGUUCCGAUCAUUGGUAUAUACGUUGGUCUCAGCACCUUAUUUCUUUUAUCCAUACAUAGCCGCAACCAUGAAGAUGUAUAAGGAGAGUGUGCUAAUGCUGUCGAUAGCAUUUUUCUAUAUAACGGGAUCGGUGUUUUACGCGCUCGGGAAGCCGAAUCUGAUACCGGGAAUAUUUGAAUCACACGAACUAUUUCACCUCUUUUGUUGUUUCGGAUUCAUGUCGUCACUGUCAGUAAACUAUAUUUAUUUGGAAUACAACAAGGUGUAA